AAACACUGGAUACUAUCUUUUGAACGCUUCAGAAUGGGGAGUUCCGGAAGUGUCAGCCACGUACAGUCUUACUAUCGAUUCAAUGCUUGGCUCUGGAAGUAUCGAGCUCACCAUGUUUGAUAAGGUUACCUUGAAUGUUACUAUUGAUCCAAGCAUUGUUUUGUCUGAUGAUGGUGCUGUCAAUGUCAAUUGGUCUCCCAUUGAUCCUAGCGAACCCUUUGUUAAUCUUUCUGUAUACAAUAGCAGUAAUUCUUUGCUCAAAACAUUCGAAGUGGCAAAUACAGGAUCAUAUUCAAACGAUGUUAAAUCACUUGGACUGUUUCCAGGAGGGUAUAAAAUCCAAGUUGAUUCGAAUAUGGGCUUUGGAUUUAACCAUUUCCUCGUGUAUAGUGCUACUCCCCUGAAUAUUCUGGUUCCCAACUCUGAAUCUAUUAUUUACAAUAACUCUGCCUCAUUAUCGGUCCAAUGGACUCCGUUCGAUGAAAAUGUUCUUCCUGCCAUUAUUACCAUUGUUAACCAGAACACGAUGGAAAACAAUUCUUUUGCAGUCACAAACAAUGGAAAUGCCUCUCUUGAUUUGAGUUCUAUUGAUGUACCUGCCGGAACCUACAACAUAAGUGUGGAGACUGUCAUCGGAAAAAGUAAAUCUCCGUCUAUGUUUGUUCUUCUUUAUCCUGAAACCCUUUUGAUCGCUUCACCAAAUUCUACC